AUGGGCCGGCUACCGGCCAAGACGAAUAUGGUGGCGUCGCUGAUCACGGCGCCGGCCUGGAAUGCCACGCUGCCCGCACACACCACGUUCGACAUUGUCAUCCAGACGGUGCAUCUGCGGGCGGGCCACCUCGUAAACCCGCUGUCCAACUACUACACGGCGCCCCAGGACCUCGAUGAGCACGGCGAUAUCUAUGGACAUUGCCACAUCACUGUGCAGGCCUUGGCAGGUACUGGAAUCUCAGGCGAAGCAGCGGAUGCCCUUGCGCAUGUACCAGACCCGUCGUCGUUUGUCUUCUUUAAAGGUGUCGAUGACCCGGUCACAGCCGAUGGGCGGUUGCAGACGACCGUCCCUGGGGGUCUGCCGGCAGGCUCAUAUCGGGUGUGCACCAUGAUUGCAGCCCAAAACCACCAACCCGUGCUCAUGCCGGUGGCCCAACGUGGCGCUCAGGAUGACUGCGUGCGAUUUCGUGUUGCUGGUGGGGACUGA